GCGAAGUUUGCUUAAAAUCAUUCCACAAGGUAAACAUUUCGGGUUUUUUUUAUUAUUCCUGUAUCACAUCACAAUUCCACGUUUAUUAGUCGCUAUCCGAAGAAGUGAAUGAGGUUGGACCGUCUGCUGCCGUUGUGUUAGCACGCCCGCUGCUGGGAUGGGCCAGCAGAUCUCGGGUCAGGCGCUGAUGACCCGUCUACCUGAGAAGCUGGUGAAACAUGCCGGACUGGUGCGGGACAGCGGCUACCUCACCUACGAGGAGUUUCUGGCCAGAGUGGCCGAGCUCAACGACGUGACCGCCAAGCUCGCCGCCGGGCAACAGAAGCACCUCCUGUUCGAAGUCCAGCCGGGAUCCGACGCCACCGCCCUGUGGAAGGUGGCCGUCAGGGUUGUUUGCACCAAAAUCAACAAGGACACCGGCAUGGUGGAAGCAUCGCGCAUCAUGAACCUCUACCAGUUCAUCCACCUGUAUCGCGACGUCACCAGUCAGGCUGCUGGGGUGUUGUCCGCAGAAGGCGCCACCGAGGCCUCGUCCGCCCAGCUUCCUGCCGCCGACUCCUGCCAGGCCAGCAUGUGGAUGGGCAGAGUGAAGGAGUUGACCGACGAGGAGGAAUGCUGCAUCUGUAUGGACGGGAAGGCUGACCUCAUCCUGCCCUGCGCGCACAGCUUCUGCCAGAAGUGCAUCGAUAAAUGGAGCGGGCAAAGCCGAAACUGCCCCAUGUGUCGCCUGCAAGUGACGGCCGCCAACGACUCGUGGGUGAUGUCCGACUUCCCCACCAACAACGACAUGGCGGGGUACAUCCUCAACCUGGCGGACGAGGCGGGCCACCCUCACCAGCCUUAACGCACACUCAGAGAGGACGCCGCCUGUACCAAGUACUCCUUUUAAAUAUAUACAUAUAUAUAUAUAUACACAUAUAUAUAUAUAUAUAUAUAUUUGUAUAUGUUUAUGUGCAUUUGUAUAUAUACAAUAUAUAUAUAUGCAUAUGUAUAUAUAAACAUAUAUGUGUGUGUAUAUAUAUAUAUAUAGAUAUGUAUAACAUGUCACCUUCACUGGAGAAAAUAUUUGAGGUUUGCACAUCCACUCUCUGAUGUAGACGCAGUGCAUCAUGGGAAACGUCUUUUUGUGAAAUAUGUCCUGUGACAAGCACUGCACAAAGUAACACAACGUGGAUACUGUGACAUCAUUACAAUGUGUGGCCGUUUUGUGCGGCUGAACAUGCGUUAAUUUGUCCCGCGGUUCGAAAUGGCGGCGAGUACUCUUGUUGGUCUCUCGACCGAUCGACAGCCCGCUGGUUUUUGUGGGAAUACUUGCAGCAGCGACGUGCGGGGAGGUCGGCGCACCAAAUUUAAAGACAGACAGGCUUAUAUUCGGUGUUUGUCAGGGUCACUGUGUUCCUCCAAAUUAUGAGCGCACCCCUCCCCAAAAAAGCCCUACAAAUAUAUUUUUGAUACUGUAAACUCGUAAUGUCUUUGUAUUGACUUUUACACACUCAUUUGCAUAGUUGGGCAUGUGCGUGUCGUUUUUUACGGUUACCAAAAGUAACCAAUAAGCAUAAAAAGCCAAAUAAAGUUACAAAUAUCAGUUUUUUUCCUUUUUUUAUGCACCUGCUGCUCGUUGAGAAGAGCAAUUGUAGUUUCUAGUAAUACUAGAAAAGUCGCUGGAGGGGUCUCAGCGCUCGCUAAUACUACACAUGAUAUGUGUUAAAAAAUAGAAUGCCACAGAGUUGGAAAGACAAGCUACGCAGUCCCGUUAUAAUGUGCUAAAGAGCAGGUAUUGCCAAAUCAAUCCCUUUAGCGGUCUAAAUUAAUUUGUGGCAGGCCGUGUAAUGUCUGGAAAAGACUGUAGAGUACUCUUAAAAGCAUCUGACUUGUGAGACAGCGCCCUCUGCUGGAUUCAUCAGUGUACAGAUAUCAUAUUUAUUAGGGGUGCCGGGAAAAAACGAUUCACAUCCGAAAGGCGAUUAUUCAUAAUGAUUCUGAAUCGAUUAAAAAAACGUUCAAGAAUCAAUAUAUUAAAAAAAAAAAAAUCUGAGGCCAUCUCUGCGCUUAUUCGUUGCGCCCUUUUAUGUACGUCAGCAGCCUAGAGGGGCUUUGGAAAGCAUUCACUAAAAUUUAUAUCAAAUGUGUCCAAACUUUUCCCACUGAAAAUAUGCGGCGGUCAUUUUGAUGUUUUUCAUUUUCAAAACCAAUACAGUAUAUAUUGUAACCACGAGGGCUCCUCUCAAUUUUGGUCAAUUAAAGUGUUCAAAGUAAGACAUAGGUAAAUAUUUGUUUUAAUUUCAACACUUUAUUAUCCAUGAUCAACUUCAGAUCUAUCUGCUGCCAUAAAGUUGUUAUUUAAAAAAAAAGGUUUUAUGCCCUUUUUUUCCAAACAAAAACGUUAUCUUUAUAUGUAAUAUUCAUCUUAUUCCUCUUAUCCGAGGUCGGGUCGCGGGGGGCAGCAGCCUAAGCAGAGAGCCCCAGAUUUCCCUCGUCCCCGAGGCGUUCCGAAGCCAGCUGGGAGACAUAGUCCCCCGCCCUCCAACGUGUCCUGGGUCUUCCCUACAAGCUAAAUUUCCCCCAAAAACAUAUAUCAAAAUGCAAUAUUUGAUGUGAAGUAAUUGAAGCCUUGAAUAGGUCAAUAAUUCAUAACAUCGAUUUUUAAUAAUUAUUAUUUAGAACAUUGACAGUUAAAAAAAACAGACUAAAGGUCUCAGGGAUCUAUACGGCCCCGACUAAUAAAAUUAUAAAAAAUAAGUCUUAUAUCAGCAUAUUUUAUUUUUGCUUUCAACACUUAAUUGAUCGAUUAUACGUUUUUAUUAUUUUUGAGCAAUGACAGUUUUGUCAUGGCAGCUUUGUGGUAUUAGUGUCAAUAUUGCAACAUUUUCUUAUUACAUUAAAGAUAAUAAACAUAUAUAUUCAUAUAUAUAUAUAUUUGUGUGUGUGUGUGUGUAUAUAUAUAUAUACAUACAUACAUACAUACAUAACAUGUUUAAUUAAACUUUUUAUGGUUUUUUUUCUGUAAUAAUAUUCUUAGAAUGUGCCGCAGGCCAUUAGAAAAGUUGGUUUGGACACCCCUGAUUUAUAUACUACAUUAUAAGCAUGUGACUCUUACAAAAACUCACUUUGCGAUUCCGCUUCUUGGGGUGACGAUUGAAUUGAAAAUCGAUUCAAAUUGAGUCUUGCGAUAUAUGAUUUAGUACAGUGUUUCUUAAACAUAGGGCCGGGCUCGUUGUUGGGCCGCGAAAAUAUCUGUUUCUCAUACAGACCGCAGUGGUACUGAGCUGUAAUACACUUUCCCACCACUUGUGGCAGUAAUGACGAUAUCAAACAAACAGAAGAAGUCUGGAGCUAAAGUCAUAGAGAAGUUGCUCAAGCGCAAAAAUUAUGACUAAAUUGGCAGUUUAGUUAAAAAAAAAAAAUUAAUUAUUAUUUAUUAUUAAUUUUGUUAGAAUUCCUUUAUUUUAGGACAGCGAAAUUCUGUGUUUAUUUUCAUCAGUCCUGUCUUUUGCAGUAUAUUUGAUUAGUAUUUAUAUUUCUAAUCAGCCUGACCUACACCUUGAAAAUAGUAUCUGUGAUUAACACGUCUUCCUAAAAUUUGACAGGGUUGUAACCUGUAAGUAGGUUAAACAUGAUUAUUGAAUAUGUUUCAAAUCAAUUCAUGUGAAUAUUUGAGUGGGAAAAGUGGGGACCCCAAGUCAAAAAAAGUAUGAUUUAGUAUAUAAAAUAUAAUAAAACCUUUUUCAAAACAGGUUAAAGGUUACAAAAGCUACUCCUCUGACGUAUGAAGCGCAGAGAUGGCCUAUAAAACGUCUUUUUGAAUCAAUUCUUGAACAUAUUUGUAAGGAUUCAGAAUCGUAAUAAAUAAAAAUGUCAAUUAAUUUUGUCCAGCAUAAAUUGGCUGAAUGUGCGCAUAUGCCAACAACAACAACAAUAAUAAUAAUGUAUUGUGAGAAUUGUUUUGAAAUGAGAAUCGAUUCUGAAAGGAGUCAUAUUUAUUUAAUUUUUUGGUUUUUUUCACGACGCCCCUGACCGCACGUCACUGCAGCGCACUGUAGAAUUAUAUUCCAUCAAUAUGUCUUCAAAUGUUUAACGAUGGCCCCGCUUUGACCCUGGAACGGACUAACUGACUUUGCGUUCUUAUAUAUUUUCUAUUUUUGGAGGCUGCCUGCUGUGUUUGAAGGCAGAGAAAGAGAGCUGGGUUUUUAUGCAGGCAUCACAUGGACUCCUCAAUAUGCCUUUUUUUUCUUUUGGAGGCGGAAAAACAGUUUCCUGUCGGACCUCCUGACACUGUGGCCUACUUCUUUAUUUCCCACUGCAAUUUUAUUCCUGCUGUAGUACUGUCGUUCUGAGGUUUAAGUGGGAGAUAUAAGUAAAAGUACUGCGAGCCCCGUCAUAGUCACUUUUCAUCUAUUCUGCUCCUCAAACUUCCUUUUUCAAUUUAGCUCGUAAUUUUUUAUAUACUUUAGUUUGGUGGUUGCUAUUUCCAUGACGGAUUAACGAGCUUAUUUACCAAGUAUAAACCUGUACUGUUGGCAAUUAUUCAAGCGAGAGAGUUAUUUCAAUGAAGUCUAUUUUAUGUAUAUACUUUUCAUUUGGCCAAAAUAAUGGAACUCUAUCCUAUACGUUUGCACUACAUUAAAAUAUGUACAUAUAAAAUGUAUUUAUUUGAUCAGAUAUUUUGACAGUAGCAGGGCAGCACGGACUCGAAAUAUAAAAGGAAGUAUAUCUUUUUAAAGAAAUGUAGCUUUUUAAGUCCGUGCUAACGCCCAGCCAGCAGGGGGCAGCAUAUGGCUAAUACUUUGAUUACGUCAACCCUUGGAAGUAGACUGUGAAGUGUGUGUGAAAUUACAUCAAUUUGCUGUAUUAUCGCCAAUAAAGACACCUUGUUUGCACCUAAUGACGUAUUUUCUUUAAAAAUACACUUGAAAUUUGAAUAAAACACAGUAAAAAUCAAUUUCCUCUGUACUCUUCAUCUUGUCACACACUCUUUCCUCCAGAGUCUUCAUCUUGUCUACCACACUUCCUUCCAGAGUCUUCAUCUUGUCUA